AUAUCGAUAAUAAUUGCUCCUCACUUUUUUUUUUAUUAAUUAUAUUUUUAUUUUUAAUCGUUUCUUCUUCUUCUUCUUCCAUAAACCAAAGCUCGAGAAAAAUCCCAAGUGGGUUUUGCUUAUUCCUCGCUCAGAUUCCGAGAAGAACAGAGACGUUUCCUGCUUUUGACCUUUCCUCCACAUAGAAAAGUCGGUUCCUUUCUCGGAAUUCGUCUACGCCUUCUGGGUUUUCCUAGGGAUUCCGGAUGUUCCGUUGCAUUGAGGCAUAUAAUUCUCUAAUUGGAAGACGUUUUAUAGCUUAUUUGCCUUCUGGGUCUUCAUAAAUUUAUCUGCUUGCUUCAGUUCAGAUCCUGUUAUGGAGUCUCCGCAAUCUGUGGUGUCUCAGUUCAACAGUUGUAGUCUCUCGAAUGGCAGUGAAGCCCAGACAAAGAAACCUAACAUGUCUUCAAAUUCGGACAACUUCAUAGGUGCGCUCGAGGUUUUGGUUCACCAGGCAAGGGACAUCCAGAACAUCUGCAUUUACCAUAAGCAGGAUGUGUAUGCUAAGCUUUGUCUCACCAGUGAUCCGAGCAAUGCUGUUUGCACCAAGAUCAUCAAUGGCGGAGGGAGAAACCCUGUUUUCGGUGACACCCUCGAGCUGAAUGUGAAGACCGUGGAUUGUUCCCUCAAGUGUGAGAUAUAUAUGAUGAGCCGUGUGAAGAAUUAUCUCGAGGACCAGUUGCUUGGGUUUACUCUGGUUCCCUUGUCUGAAAUCAUUCUCAAGAAUGGGAAAUUGGAGAAAGAGUUCUCUCUUUCGUCGACGGAUCUGUUCCAUUCUCCUGCGGGUUUCGUCCAGUUGUCGCUCUCGUACCUGGGAGAUUCGCCCGAGGUAAUGCCCAUUCCUGCCAUACGUGAUGAAACCUCGAAAUGUCCCGAGGCGAUUGCAGAGAUUUCUAACGAGUUGGAUAAGAUUGAGUUCGUGGAUCCGAACAUUGAUAGCGAAAACAAUCUUAUGGUGUCUGAGUACUUUGGAAUUCCUUGUACGGCCAACGUCGAAUCUGACAUGUCAAAGAGUAUGGUAAGUUCAGAAACCGGCAACCCUGAAACAUGUAGCCUUCAAGCUGCAACCAUUGAAACAGCGCCAGUUCCCACUGUCUCAACAAAUGGUGUCUCUUCCCCACCAAGUUCCGUAAUCUCUGGUUCUUCAGGUGCUCCAAACGAGGAAAACCCUUCGGGUGCAGACCCGAACCCGAAAGCUGGGGCAGCGGAUUCCGAGAACCGCCCUCUAGGCAAGAACGACGAAGUGAAACAGAUUCUGACGGUGAACAUUGAGCCGGAGCAGAAGGUGGUGCAGCAAGAGAUAGUGGACAUGUAUAUGAAAAGCAUGCAGCAGUUCACGGAGUCAUUGGCCAAGAUGAAGCUCCCUCUGGACAUUGACAGCCCGACAAGAUCAGAGAACUCGACCUCGUCCUCUCAGACACCGAAGAGCGCCGGCUCUCGCGUGUUCUACGGGAGCAGGGCCUUCUUCUGAAUCAGAAAUGUAGCAACAGUUGUGAAAAAUGUAAUAAAUUGUGGGACUUUCGUAACGUCCUUUGAUGUCUUAGCUUCUUUCGGAUUGUAAUAUUUAUUCCCUAUUUAGUACUAUGUAGUUUUAGUAAAAUUAGCUCUCUCUCUCUCUAUGCUCUGCUCUUCUCCUUUGUCUGUGCUUCAGUGUUUUGAUUUAGUUUUUUUUAUCGCUUUU